CAUCAGUUUACCUUUGGCAAGGGUGCCUUCAGUGCCGUUGCUCUCCUCCUCCCAGAGCUUUGCGCGCAUUGUCGCUGUGAAUCGCAGCCUUGGCCUUUGUCUGCUGGACAUUGAAAAAUGGCCCUCAGAACAUCUGAUGAUGCGCUAUAGCUUGUCUUUUGGCAAUUGCACUCCUUGCAUUUCUCUGGGGGUGGCUCCUUGUCCAUCAGGAACUCCGAAUCCAUUCGACGCCAGCCAAGACAGGCACUCCAACCACCACAAAACCAUUCACCUCAUCAUUUAUCUUUCCUCCGCCUGUAUAAUAUCAUUAACCUUAACAAUAUCCACUGCUGCCUGCUUGCAUCCCAUCUCUCCCACACCCCUUCUGCAACGCCGGCGCCGCACCGAGAUCUGUCUCCAGCAUAGCCUGCAUCCCCGAGCGCAAGCCGGAGAGUCGACAUGACCAGGGAUCAGACACAAACUCUACCAACAUACCAAGCGAGCUGGUAACUUUGGUAUACACUGCGGAUAAACCCUGAGUUACAUCCUGGGCAUUUC